AAGAUCAGUUCAGAAUUUGCCGCGCAGCAAGCAUUGUUGCUUCUGUCCUGUGUUGCCCUGUGUACAGAAGCCAUUACGAAAGGAGGCUCGGGCUCGGUGGCCCCGGUGGCCGCUUUCAUUCUUCUCUUUGUUAUCGCAAUGAGGCUUUGACUAUUGAUCUGACACGGUCGGUCAAGUAGGACAGUGUCAUGGCGUGAUAACAAUGACCGAGAGUACGUUUCUCACUGAGGAAUCCAGUAGGAAACCCAGUAUGUGGGGCGGAUUUCGCUGCAACAGAGCAUUCGUGAUACUGUUCCUGCUAAAUGUCAUCGUAUUCCAAGCUAUCGUAUAUUAUCAAGAACACAAGAAAUGGGAGGAGAUAAGAUCCGAAUUGGAGCCGAUGAUAGCGGAUCUGCGGGAUAUGCAGGGUCUGACAUUCAGCUUGCUUAAGAGGCUGGAGGCACACGGCCUUUUCGUCGAGAAUGUCCGCGGACAAGGGGACGAUAAUCGGCCUGUCAUCUACGCGAUCACGCCCACGUUCGCCAGGCCCGUGCAGAAAGCCGAGCUCACUCGACUGGCGCAAACAUUCCUCCACGUGCCCAACUUUCACUGGAUCCUCGUGGAAGACGCGCCGCAGAAAACCUCUCUGGUUACCCGGUUUCUGGAAACCAGUGGCCUGAUCUACACCCAUCUGUCGGCGACGACCCCGCCGAACUACAAGCUAGGCAGGAAUGACCCGAACUGGAAAAAACCGCGUGGGGUCGAGCAGCGAAACACGGCGCUAAGAUGGCUCAGGGAGAAUCUGAAGCCGUCCGACAGAGGUGUCGUUUACUUUGCCGAUGACGACAAUACAUAUUCCAUUAAACUCUUCCGCGAGAUGGAGAAAAUACAAAGAGUCGGUGUGUGGCCGGUCGGUUUAGUUGGCGGUUUAAUGGUAGAGAAACCUAUUUGUGAUAACGUUACUAAACAGGUACUCGGUUUUAAUGCGGCGUGGAAACCGGACCGGCCAUUUCCAGUCGACAUGGCGGGUUUUGCCAUUAAUCUCGAGCUGUUACUCAAGCACAAGGACGCGUGGUUCUCGUACGACGUGCAAGGUGGUUAUCAAGAGAGUGAGAUACUCAGGCAAAUAAUCACGAGGGAUCAGUUGGAACCAUUGGCAGACUGUUGCACAAAAGUGUACGUGUGGCACACGCGAACGGAACCGCCUCAGUUAAACGUCGAGCAGAUGUUAAUCAAAAAAGGCAAACGUUCCAACGUCGGCAUCGAGGUAUGAAAAGAUUGCUAAUUUUACGAAGCCGUUACAGCGCUGUCUCGAUUUUUACAAUAAAUUAUUAUAUAUUACAAUAAAUUCGAUGACAUCGAUCUUAAGCUUAGGAAAGAUAGGAUAAACUUUCGUAAACACCUUUUUUAUUAUGAGCCUUACAUAUAUAUUCACACGUAGAAUAAUACAGUGCCAUACUGUAUAGCCGCUUGUAGCUGUGCGAAUACACAGUAGGGAGGAAUAGGGAAGAAUAAAGAAAUAUUACCGAAUAGUUCUGACGACUUAACCAAAUUUUGAAGAAUCAUGUGAUAUCGCGGUGUGCUUCCUUGACUACCAAUUUGCACGCCGCUGCGAUAUUGUCGUUUCGUCGGGAUGGGUCAACGAUUUUUUGUCAUUCAUUGAAAACACGAUUGCUAUCUCGUUAUAAUACGUCCACGUCGUUUUAUAAAAAAACCGAUUAUUGUAUAAUAAAAUUUCUGAGGAUAACGAGAGAGGCGCGGGUUUUUAUCUAACCAUCCAUCUUUUUUUGACCUUGAAAACAUUUUUUUCAGUUUUUAUUCGAGAGCACGUGAUUUCUCGUCGCGUGUACAGAAAAAGCAUACAUAAAAAAUACGCCUUACAUCUACGAAACUUUAAUGUAAUAUUCGUAAUAAUCUCCAAAUUGGAAGAUGCGCAGUAAUACUUUUUGUGGGAAGCUAUUUGUUAAGGAUUAUGACUUUUGGCAACGGAUACAAAAUAGCUAGGUGUGCUAGAAACGGUGACGCGUCUCGCCGAUGCAAAGUGCCGCGCGAAUGUCCUGCGGCUCUCAUUUCUUUUUCCAUAUACAUAUAUCAUUCUCAUGUAUAAUAUAUAUAUAUUUUUUAUAUAUGUAUUCAUUGACUCUUACGUGCUAAUAAGUACUAUGGUAUUUGGCAAAUUCUGUCUUAUGUAAAAAAAGCUACUUGCACGGAAAGCGUGUUCGCGUAUACGAGGCGACAUGUCAAUUUUGGACAUACAAUAUUAACAAGAUGCAAUUCUGGUGUCUGAUAGAAAUGUACUAUUUGUUUUAUAUUGGGAUUCUGUACGGAAAUGUAAUAUAAUUUUAGAUGAUUGAUAUAAUCAACAAUAGUUGAAUUUAAUGUCAAUGGUAUCUAAUUUAUCCUUUUUAAUUUUAGAAAAACGGAAAGUAAAUUACACCUUAAAGCUUAACCAGCGUUGAUAAAAUUUUCCAUUAGAAUCCGCAGAGUACCAGAAUGAAAAAUGUCGAAAUUCAAUAAAGUCCAUUGCACUUGAUUGUACAGCAAUCUGAUAGAGCGCGUUAUUCUUCCUCGGAUAAAUUCGUCCACAUCAGCGACUUUUUACGAGAGAACACGCCUUCCGUGCUUGCGCAUAUUCUCUAAACCUACCAAGACUCUCUCUUAAGAUUUAUACUUCUUAUAGUUAAGGGAAAACGUUUACAAGCAUUUACAAAAACUUAUCACAUUUUUAACUGCGUUUCUUUCUGCAAAAGCCAUCUUAGACAUUACGAUAAGAGAGUGGUAUAAUUUUUUUGUUCCUUUACUCGCUAUUCGGAUAUAAUUAAUUAUAUAUGGCAGCUUUUCCGAUAUUCAUUCUCGCAUUCGGAUGACUGACCGAAAAUCCGACUGGCAAGCCUCGUGCGUAUCUCAAUACUUGUCACGGUAAAUGCCAUCUGCAUUUUGAUUAAACUAUACAUAUAUAUUCAGAGAGACUUUUUUUUUAAUGUCAAGGUAAUACAUCGAGAUCUCCGCGUCAGAAGUCUAUUAUAAUUCGCGCAUCGAUUAUUUAAUGCUGCUCGCGAACGUUUCGGCUGCCUGUUACAUAUCACGAAUUCGAACAAUUGCAACAUGAUAAUCAUAUUGACUUCUGCAAUACAAAUACAGAGUUGCAAGAACCGCCCAAUUUUCAUCUUGCUCAUUUUACUACAUCAUGUCAAUUUUAUAUAAUAAAUACAUUUUCCCUUAUAAAAGUAAAAAAAAAAAAA